AUGUUCUGCGAUGCUGCAUCCUUUAUAGAACCUACCAAUAAUAAUAAUGAUGAAAAAGAAUAUGUUUUUAGAGAUGUAUUAGGCUCUAAAUUUGAAGGUUAUAACAGUUACAAGACUAAAAAAUUUUCAGAUGGUACUUGUAGAAAAAGGGUAUUUAAGUGUGAUUUGGGAAGAAGGUAUGUUGAAAAACAUUCAAGACCAAUAUUAGGUAAAGAAAAGAGUAAAGAAAGCAAAAAUAGCAUUGAUAGUAUCAUAAAUAAAUAUCUCACACAGCCAAUUUACGAUGCAUAUUAUAAACAAAUGUAUCAAUUUGUAUGCUAUCGUGCAUAUCAAAUACAAUUUUCUAAAAUUCCAGUAUCAGAUAAUGGUUCAUUUGAAUCUUUUUUUGAUAAAGUAGAAGAUUCUGCUGAAUUUCUUAUUGAAGCUGAUGAGGAUCAAAGCUUGACUUGA